AUGGCAAAGAAGGUAUAUGAUAGGUUGUGGAAUGGUUCUUAUUUUAACUACGACAACAGUGGUAGUAGCACAAGUACAUCUAUUCAAGCUGAUCAGUUGGCUGGAAAAUGGUAUGCCCGAGCAUGUAGUCUUUUACCCAUUGUUGAUGAAGAGAAAGCAAAAGUAGCACUCGAGGAGGUUUUUAGUUUCAAUGUCAUGAAGGUGAAGGAUGGGAGACUUGGGGCUUUGAAUGGGAUGCUGCCCAGUGGAGAACCUGACAUCUCGUGCAUUCAGACAAAGAGAUAUGGGCUGGUGUUAUAUAUGGGGUUGCUGUAG